AUGAAUUUCCUUCUCUGGAUCCUAACCAGCUUCGUGCGCUGGAUUCGGUUGAAGAUUUAUCAGUAUGAGGUGACCUUUGCCAUCUACAUGUUGACGCCGACCGAAAAAUUCAUCUUCAACUCCCUCUUCCUGACCCUCAUUACCAUGAUCGCUGCCGGAAUCUACAUCUACCUCCCCGACCACCUCCGUUCGAUCUACGGCCACCUCUACUACUACUGGGCCGGCGAGCGACCCUUCAUCUCCAGCCGCCUGGGCUCCAUAAGCUCCGUCUUCGGUGAGAGUGCCACAGCCGGACUCGAAGUCGUCUACGAGACAGCCAAGAACGCCGCGGCCGCCACGACAACUCAGCACCGUCUUGCCGAAUUGUAA